CACUGGAGCUCGGUGGUCGUCUCCCGCUGCUCAGCUGAUGAAGGAGCAGAUUGCGUCUAUAAUGAUGUGUGUCCUGUAAUGAUGGAUGGCAGGUACAGAAGAGAUCGGGACAGAUAUGUGCACGCACACCUGUGUGAAGAAAGCAGCUCUGCUGAACGGGCCACGAAGAGUCGCACCCGCACAGCAGAUGCCGUGGCUCCUCCUCCUCCUCGUCCUCAGCGUGUUCUGCCAGAACGUAAAGCACCAGCCAUCAACAGAGACCUCAAACCCGGCAGACUCCCGAAGAGCUCAUCAGAUGGCCGAUUGGAGUUCAUGGGAUCUGCUGGCAGGGCCUGUGCAUCUGCGCCGAGAGCAGUGAAAUCAUUACCCAGAGAUCAGCUGAGUUUACCACCGACUCCACCAGUACAGACCAGCACCGAGCACACAGACCAGCCCCACCAGUUUGAUGAUUCUCCUCCAUCCAGACCAGCACCAGAACCACCAACCAGAACUAAACACAGACCUGACUGGACACAAUCGAGUCGGAGUGGACAGGACAAUGUGAAAACAGCGCCACCGUCUGCACCUGCGGCGUCUCACAGGUUUUCUCUGGAUCUGGAGUCUCAGGAUCUCGACAGUGACNGUGAGAGCAGCUCUGAUCUACACCUGAGGAAACUGCAGCACCACGAAUGGCCACCAGGGAAAGGAGAAACCAGCGGCAGCUUCACCAACCACAGCAAACCAGCACAGGACCUGGAGGAGCAGAACUGGUAUGUGGGAGCAUUCAGUCGAGUGGAGGCCGAACACGCUCUACAUCUGGUCAAUCGGGAGGGAGCCUUUCUAGUGCGCGACUGCUCUAAGAACACUACCCAUGAGCCUCUGGUGCUGGCGCUGUUCUACGACAAGCGAGUCUUCAACAUCCAGAUCCGCUUCAGUGACGAGACCAACAAAUACACACUGGGCACGGGACUGCGCACCAAUGACAGGUUUGACUCGGUCACAGAUAUCAUCAGGUUUCACUCCAUCUUCCCCAUCGUGCUGAUCGACGGACGCAGAAGCGCAGCGGAGUGUGUGCAGCACCGGCAGUGUGUGCUGAUGUACCCCAUCACUAAAGAGGACCUCACACAGCUGCUCAACUAACACACACACACACACACACACACACAUGUCUGAGUAACACAUUACUGAGAUCUGUCAGCCUGACGUCAGUAACACACACACACACAUUUCUGAGAUCAGCCUGACGUCAGAAACAGACACACACAAACACACACACACCCUUCUGAGAUCCGUCAGCCUGACGUCAGACACACACACACGCACACUCUGAGAUCAGUCUGACGUCAGAAUCAGACACGUUCAUAAUCAGACUGAAGUGCAUUUAAAAAUGUGAACACACACAUUAUCAGUGCACAUGAACCCAGUUUAGCAGGAUACACACACACACACACACACACACACACACACACACAGAGCCGCUUUAGCAGAUCCAUUUCAGUUUUAUUUGAUCACUUUUUACAUCUGAUGACCUUCAUGAUUAAUUUAAAAAUAGAUAUGAUGCUUCUGAAGCUUUCUAGGAAUAUACAGCACAUAAACACACACACACACACACACACACACACAUACACACAUCCAGAGCUUCAGCUUCAACAGUUCGACUCCACAACACUGAAGCGCAACAGUUGAGCUGAACACAAUUCUACAACAGUAAUAUCAACUCUGUACUGGUUUGAUGGUUUGAGGUAGAUUUAAGCAGAUUGAACACAAGUGAACAGUGUGUGUGUGUGUGUGUGUGUGUGUGUGUGUGUGUGUGUGUGUGUGUGUGUGUGUGUGUGUGUGUGUGUGUGUGUGUGUGUGUGUGUGUGUGUGUGUGUGUGUGUGUGUGUGCGCGUGCGUGCGUGCGUGUGUGUGUGUGUGUGUGAUGGACAGACUGUUCCCUGAAGGCAGCUUAACACACUCAGGAUUAGUUUUCAGUGGAGUAAUCCAGAUCAGUGCAGUCCGGCUUUGCUGGUGCCCAAAUCGCUCAGUGUAAUGGGCGGAGCCAGACAGAAUCUGCGGAUAUUUGUUUUGGGCCAUUUGUGUGCAGAAUUUUCUAAACCAUCUGCAGAAUUAUGCAGAAUCAUUCUGAGAGUCCAGUAAAUAAAAACAUCACAAAU